AUGGCUGCUUCAAAUCAUCACACAAGAAGAUGCUCAUUAGCUAUUGCUUCACCAGGUCAAAACGAUUCACCAAAUGACCCCUUGAAUGCGUUUUUGCUUUAUAGCAAGAACGAAGGGAACAAUAGCCAAACGACAAUUGAUGCUCAAGAACUACAAUCACAAUCACAACCACUACAACAGCAACAACUGCGAGAAUAUAGUCCCUUUAGCCAUUCUAUAAAUGAUUUCGCGGUUGACACAAGUGAUCUAUACCCACCUCAUCUAGUAUCAAGCCCACUUAUCCCUCCCGCGACUGCUGCUGCUGGUGCAGUUGGUGGUGGUGCUGCUGCUAACCCACCAACGCUGUCGAGCUCCGUGCCAACAGUAACCAAAGCAGCCUCGUUCCCAAGCAUGCGGCUGGAGAGCCCCAUCACCCACCCGCACGAAUUUAGCGCUUGCCACCGCAGGAUUUCGAUAUGUGACUUGAACAACUUUUCAGAUGGAAUCAAGCAAGUGCGCCGUCACCCAACCCACCACAACCACCACCACAACCACCUGGUUGAAACUACAGAUCACGAAGCCGUGAAGUAUGGGGGACACGAGUGGCCCGAGUUGAAGAAUUUCAGCUUGGAUAGCCCCUCGGCUAGCUCGUCUUCAACUUCCCCCUCGGAGAGAAUCACCGAGUUUAAUCUAGAGAAGAAGUUGACUGAUCCGUUUGCUACGUCGAGCCCGUGUGAAAACCCACACGCUUCCAAGUCUAGUCUACCUCGACAUAUGCAGGAACGAGGACCCAGAAACCACCGGAGAAGGAAUUCCAUUGCUUUAAAGUUUGAAGAACCUAGGGUUUUUUGA